AUGCUUCUUCCGGCACCAGCAGCGGAUGUAGUUCGUCUGGCCCUUCAGAGGAGGAACGGCGGUGAUUGCCUCCGCAUCCUCGUCGUGCUAGCUUGCUUGGCUAGCUGCCGGCGAGGGAGAGCGGCUCUAAGCCUCGCCGUCUGCAAGGUCACGAGCCCUGUCUCCUUUCUGCUCUACUGCAUCGGCCUGAGUCGAAGGAGAGAUCGCAACAACGGAACCCUGCUGUGCGGGAACGACAACGGCGACACCAACGCCGGGCAACGUCCGAGAGGACGAAUAGGGGGGUGGAGGGGCGCGUUCAGGAGGGGCAUCCCCAGCUGCGAAUCCGGGGCAGGGGGGGAGCUGUUCGACCAGCAGGGCGGUGGAGCGCUUGCGUCGAGAUCGGCACUACGCGAGGCGACGCUGGGGGCGCGCGGUAGGCGGGCGGCCUUCGAGAGGUUUGGGGAGCUGCGGCGGGUCGGGGCGUGCUGCGACGUGACCCUGGCCGUGGGGGGUAAACACUUCAAGGCGCACAAGUGUGUCUUGGCAGCCCAGAGCUCGCCGCUGCGCGCCAUGUUCGAGGGCUCGUUCAAGGAAGGCAGCGAGGACGUGAUCGCGCUCCUGGACGUGGAGCCCUCCAGCUUCUCGCUCCUGCUGGACUUCUUCUACGACCGCAGGGUCGAGGUCACGGACGAAAACGUGGAAGCGCUGCUAGACCUCAGCGCGAGGUACGGCGUGUCGCUGCUGCGGCGGCACUGCUGCGCCUUCCUGGCGGGCUCUGCUAGCCCUGCCACGGCCUGCUCCCUGCUCUCGGUGGCCGACCGCUACGACUGCCACAGGCUGCGGAGAGUUAUCCUCGCGUACACGCUAGAGCGAUUCCCGACGACGUGCCGCGACAGCUCUUCGGACGGGUUUCGCCAUCUCUCCGCUGCUCUAGUUGUCGAGGUGCUCAAGGACGACCGGUUGGCUGCGGGGCAGGAGGGCGAGCUUGCUGUCUUCUGGGCGGCGAUAUCCUGGCUGGAAGCAGAGCAGUCCCGCCGAAGGAAUGCGGAUGAGGUGCUCUCACACGUACGGUUCGGCCUCGUCUCCGCCAAAGCCCUCGCCGAUGCCGUGGAAGCCCACCCCUUGAUGCAGUCGGCCGCCGGCAAGGCCUUCGUGCACGGGGCCUACCGUUACCAAGCGCUGCCGCCGGAGAGCCGGGACGACUUGGCCUCGUCGAUGGCGGCGCGUGCGCGCCCGCGAACAGCGGCCGGCGGUGACGGCGGCGGCGGCGGCGGCUACCGCACGGGCCGGUCAUCCUCCGCUGCUCUGAAACCGGACCAUGGUGAUGGUGUGGGUGAUUUUUCUGGAUGGUUGAGGGCGGAUGGUUUUGGUGAUGACCAAGGGGACAGUAGUGGUUGUUCGAGUUGCGAGGGUCAGGGUGGCGGCGGCGGGGAAAACGAAUCUGAGGGAGAAGGGGAUCCUCCGGUGCCAGGGGGCGAAGGUAGCUGGCACGGUAAUAGCAACGGCGCCGCCGCCGCCGCCGCCGCCGCCGACGGUGGCAUCGGUGACGGCAUGCGCUCGGCGCCUGUGUCCGGUAGUGCCGAAGAGAUUGGUGCAGGGAGGGAAGAAUCGGCGAGCGGGGAGAGCAGAGUGGGGAGCGAAUCUCGGCCGAGGAAGUUGCACAUGACCGACGGCAGCCCCAUAAGAAGGUUGUGGGGGGCGGGGACUCGGAUGUACGUUUGA